UCUGAGGAUCCCAAAAGAAAAAAACAGAGAGAAGACGACUAUUACGGCAAUGAUGAUUCACCUUUAGGACAGAGAUCUUUAGGACAGGAUCUUUGCCAAAAAUUUGGUCUUCCAAUUCCUUCGGAAGAGAGAGAGAGAGAGGAUGCUGGGUCGAGCUGCGAGCAACGCGUAUUCAUGGUGGUGGGCAAGCCACAUCCGCACCAAGCAAUCCAAAUGGCUUGAAGAAAACCUCCAAGAUAUCGAGGAGAAGGCGCAAUACGCGCUAAAGCUGCUCGAAGACGAGGGGGAUUCGUUCGCAAAGCGUGCGGAAAUGUACUACAAGAGCAGACCCGAAUUGAUAAGUUUCGUGGAAGAAGCUUUCAAGGCUUACCGUGCUUUGGCCGAGCGGUACGAUCAUAUCUCCAAAGAGCUCCAAAACGCUAACACCACCAUCGCUUCCGUCUUCCCCGACCAACUCCCCGACGAUUUCCCUGUUGAUGAUGACGACGACAACACUCUCCCACCUCCUACAAGAUUCCAUCACAACAGAAAAGACUCGUCAAACCAUGGUGUUGUCGUUCCCAAGGUUCCUGAAUUCCCCAAGAAAUAUUCCACUGCCUCGAAGAGAUUCCAGUCGAGGAAUUCUUUCAAAGGCUCCGUUUCCGCAGUUGUUAACAAGUCUGGAUUGACCAAAGCUGAGGCGGUGGAAGAGAUCGAUAAGUUGCAGAAGGAGAUUUUGGCUCUUCAGACAGAAAAGGAGUUUAUCAAGGGAUCAUACGAGAGCGGAUUGGCAAAGUACUGGGAUCUUGAGAAUUCUAUCAUGGAGAAACAAGAGAGGAUCUGCGGUUUGCAAGACGAGUUCAACCAAGGCGUUUUCAUCGAAGAUGCAGAAGCUCAGGCAUUGAUGUCCACCACUGCUCUCAAGUCCUGCCAAGAGAAACUGGCGGAGCUUAAAGAGCAGCAGUCCAAGAUUGUCAAGGAAGCAAACAACGAACGAAAACGGAUCCGAGAGUCGAAAGAGGAGUUUGCCUCUCUUGCUGCAACCGACCCAGGAUACCAAGCCCUGAAACACGAUUCGUUAGAGCAGGGAAAAUCGGUCAAAGAACAAGAAGCAGAUACCGAUGCAGAGAAGAUGAAGGACUAUGAAGUCGAGACUAAGAAAUGUCUUAAUGUACCGGACAUGGCAGAGAAGAUUGAUGAGCUUGUGAACCAUGUGAUCAGCUUGGAACAGUUGGUUUCAUCUCAAACGGCAUUGGUACAGAGGCUAAGAGGAGAAAUCGACGAUCUCCAGGUACAGAUUAGAGCACUGCAAGAAAACAAACCAUCUAAUGCCGAUGACAAUACUACUGUCAUGAGAAACAAACUGAGAGAGGUGGAGGAGAAGCUGAAGGGCAUUCAGGAUCUAGACCAGAUGGUUGAAGAACAGAGCAAGAACCUUGAAACACACCUAACAGAAGCGCACACUAAACUCGGUUGCCUUUCGGAGAGAUUAAGAAGCUUGAAAUCAGCAGGGGAGGAAGAGAAUCCUGCUAAUGUGCCAAUUCUAGAAGAAGGAUCUUUGAUUGGACAGGAUCACCGAGAAGGAAAAAGUGCAGAUUAUACAGAUGACAGGUCCAAGAUCUCACUCACUGAGAAUGCAAGCGAGAAACCAAACAUUGCAGACUUGGAGCAGAAAAAGGAACCUAACCUGGAAGUCAGAUUCAAACAUCAAGAUACUGCCGAAGCUGCAGCACUUCUUGCUGCCAAAAAAGACAAUGCACGAGAAGCUAACCAAACGGGUGGAGCCCCAGAGAGUUCCGAACAGAAGCAAGCUCCAAUGCAACCAGUGGAUGAACAGAUUGUUUCGGACAAGCAUAUGUUAUCUCCAAAAUCGGAUAAUGGGUCAGACAUUGAAACAACAAAACAAUCGUCAGAGACAGAAGAGGAGCCGUUCUUGCAGCAGCUGCUAUCACAUGGUAUGGAGGAUAGAGAAAAGCUUCUGCUAACAGAGUACACCAAAGUACUUCGCAACUAUAAGGAAGCCAAGAGGAAAUUGGGUGAAACGGAAACAAAGCUGAACAAUGACAACACCAUGAAAAACGAGGAGAUCAAAUUCUUACGCCGGAAACUCAGCCUCUUGGCAAAAGCCAAAGGUGAGAGUGAUGAUCUGCAAGACAUUAAAGCCACGGAUAAUCAGCAGGAUUUAUUAUUCAUGCUGAUCGGCAGAGAAGAUAAUACUGAGAAUGGGACCCAACCCAUGUCACAAAACGAACAGCAAUUCAGAACAUGUAUCGAUUCACUGCUUGGCAAGAAUCUGGAUCUUUUGGUAAGGUUUAGCAAUUCUAUUGGUCAAAUACAGCAGCUUGAUACCAGAAUUAAGGACUUACAGGCUGAGAUAUCGAACAUCACGGAACAAAACAAGCAAGAUGGAGGUACUCUCAGAUCAAAUGUCCGCCCAAUAUACAGACACCUCAAAGAGAUCCACACCGAACUGUCUGUCUGGUUGGAGAAAAACUGGCUGCUAAAGAAUGAGAUUAACUCCAGAUCUUCAUCCCUGAGCAACAUGCAAGAUGAGAUAACAGAAGCCCUUAGAACAGAUUCUGAUGAGGGCGAGAUGAGGUUUACAAUCUACCAAGCAGCAGAAUUUCUCGGUGAGAUUUCAAACAUGAAGAACGAAAACAUAAGGAUAGCAGACGAACUACAAACAGGUUUAAAUCACAUUACCACGCUGCGGCUGGAAGUUGACAAGACUCUGGAGAAACUGAACGAAGAGUUUGCACUUUCCGAGACGAAGGAUCGUGCCAACUUCAAACUCUCAAAUAGCAGAACUCAUAUUCCUCUGAGGUCAUUCAUCUUCGAUACAAAACCGAAGAAGCAAAGAUUGUCUUUCUUCUCUUGUAUGCAACCUUCGCAGUAUAAGAAAAGCAAGCCUGACUCAUAGUAACUUCUACUUCUUCCCAUGUAUCACCAUCAUAUAUGAAUCUAAAGCCAAAACUUAACUCUCUUUUCA